AAAAGCGGAGACGCCGAGCCGAGAGAGAGAGAGAGAAAAAAACUCUCCCCCCCCCCCCCUGUCCGUGUCUCUCGCAAGCUCGACUCGGAGCGGCCAACGGCAAAGAGUGAUUUCACGAGCGGACGCAAUAAAUGACUCGACCUGUAUCGGUCCAAGUUGUUUUGAUUAAGUGAGACGGUGACAUAAAUAAGAAUGGCAGAACCGCGGUUUAAUAGCCCUUAUUUCUGGCCUCAUCCACCGACCAUGACCAAUCAGAUGGCAGCAGUGAGACACGCACAUUGAACAUGGCGGAUUGCAGCAACAGGGGCAUGAAGCCGAGAGCAAGUCGUGCAGCCUCUUGGAGCUGACGUAAUGGGCAUCCGAUCGACAACCUCGUCCUGAUCAACAAAAUCAAGGAGCAGCUGAUGGCGGAGAAGAUCAGGCACCAGUCGCACCAGCCACUCGGGCAGCCGUUGCCACCGCCACUCUCCCAACACUCACCCUCCACCCCCAACCUAAGUCAGCAGCAGCUGUCCCAACAGCAGCAGCAGCAACAACAGCAGCAGCAGCAGCAACAGCAGCAGCAGCAACAGCAGCAGCAUGAGGCCCAGCAUGGCUCUGGGAAGCCCAAUGUGGCACUGCACGCCCGUCCACCAAGCACUAUGGAUCGCUUUCCCAAGCCCUACGCCACAGCCGUGGAGGGUAGGGAGGGGGAGGGGGCUGGGGGGAUGGUGCGGGAGACUGGUGGAUUGCGGGGACACGGAUCCGGGUCAUGCUGCUGCUAUGGUGACAUGGGCUGCCCGUCACCAGGAGGCAUGGAAGGCCAGGUGGGCAUGGCUCGGGGAAUGGUGUCUUCGGCCGGCGGUGGAGGGGGCGGCGGUGGCAACCAGGGCCGCGUGGACACAGCGGGCAGCCCCCUGCCCAUGAUGCCAGGCCUGACGUCGGCGCACCAGGUGCUGGAGGGCAUGUCCGGCGUGGGCACCGUGGGCAAGCGCGGAGAGCGUGGCCGCAGGAAAAAGGCGGCCCUGGACGGUGGCGGGCAGCCGGUGCUCGUCGUGCCCUACCCCAUCCUCGCGUCGGGCUCCGACCAGCCCAAGGACGGCAAGACGUACAAUUUAAACCCCUUCGGGUCAAUCGCGGAGGGAGGGGGUCAAGACACCAAGUGCAAGAUGUGCCCCCUGACCUUCUUCACCAAGUCGGAGAUGCAGACGCACGCCAAGUCGCACACGGAGGGCAAGCCACACAAGUGCCCGCACUGCUCCAAGUCGUUUGCCAACGCCUCGUACCUGGCGCAGCACCUACGCAUCCACUCGGGCGUGAGGCCCUACCACUGCUCCUACUGCGAGAAGGCCUUCCGCCAGCUGUCGCACCUGCAGCAGCACACGCGAAUCCACACAGGUGAUCGGCCUUACAAGUGCGCUCACCCCGGCUGUGACAAGGCCUUCACCCAGCUCUCUAACCUUCAGUCCCACCAGCGGCAGCACAACAAGGACAAGCCGUACAAGUGCCCCAACUGCUACCGCGCGUACACCGACUCGUCCUCGCUACAGAUCCACCUGGCAACGCACGCCGUCAAGCACGCCAAGGCCUACUGCUGCAACAUCUGCGGCAGGGCUUACACCUCGGAGACGUACCUGGUGAAGCACAUGAGCAAGCACUCGGGCCUGGACCCCAGCGCCGCAUCGGGGCACCAGUCUCCGCCCCCCAACCCGGACUCCCCGCCCUGUCCUAUCCGCCUGCCCAUCAUAAAAUCAUGUGACUUGAAUAGGAGCAACGUCAGUCAUGUGAGCGACAUUCACUGCAAGUCUGAGAUGUGUCAUGUGACGCACUCCUUUUAUCACGUGAUGUAAGCUUCAAGCACCCCCCCUCCUCCCCCCUUCCCUUUGACCCUCGCCCCUUUACCCUCCCAGUGGUGCCCUGCCUCCAGCCCCUGCCCCUUAGCCUCUACCCCACGACCACUCCCACCUCCUCCCCUCCUCCCACGUCUCGGCCAAACGUAUUUUUCCGUAGUUCUGUCCUUCCCCGCUGGAAGGAUACGAAACCCGCUCGCCCGACGUGCGUAGGGCGCGGUCGCCAGUGGCUGGCGGUGGCUGGCGGCGGCGGCGGGGGCGGGUGAGCCCGAACGUUUUGCCUCUCGUCGCCGAAGACCUGCAAAAAACGAGAGGACGCUUUUGCGCAUACGCUUGGACUUUUACGGACGCCGAAGGCAAGACUCCUCCUUCCUCACACUCUCACCGCAACCACCACCCCCCCC